GCUGGCGCAGAUAGGGACAGAGGCAGGGACAGGGAUGGAGCAGCAUGCUGCCCGGUGGAGGGGCUGAGGCAGUACAACAUACUUUCUCCCUCCUCGAGCGCAUCAACGAGCUCUGAUCCAUAGGUGGAAAGCAAAGGGAUCUUCACAGACAAGAUCACAGAAAUGUUACGAGUGGCGAGGAGAGCUGAAAACGGGGGGAUUUUAAGGAAACCGAAGGCAUCAAAGUCCACAUUAUUAAGGAGGAUUUGAGGAGUCUGCGUUUAUAAUCCGACAUCAGAGGCGGAAUGUGAAUCCAAAUAACUUAUGUUAAUUAGAGAUUUUAAAGAAUGUGAUGCGAUUUGAACGGCUCUGAAGCACCGAGAGAAGAAUUUUAGAUUGGCCACUUGAAUUUAAAUAGCCUAUCUGUGGUUUUUGGGGACUGCUCGUGUUCACCGUCGACUUACCCCCAGAACUGAUUUGCUGCCUCUACGGUCAUUUGCGCCUAAAGAGGAGUUGGCUAUCAGAGGUUGUAUCAGACCGUGUGCUCAUCACACACACUGGAGUUGUAAUCAUUUCGGACUGAGGGGAUGAUUGUAGUGCGUCUGUUUCGCAAAGAUUGUCGCCUAAUUUCCCAGGUCCGUUUGAGGUCUGCCAGACUUUGUGGAAAAGGAGAUUAUUGUUUGUUGUCAAUGUUUAUCACAUCCGCGGCAGUCUGCAGUGCAACUCAAUACAGUGGACCGCAAGAAAAUUCUGAGGAGUGACAACUGACAUUCACGCGACGAGCCAAGGAAGCUCCGGAUCAACUUCAAAACUAAAGCGCACAAGUUUAAAGUCUGGAAUAUAAGAAUAGAUGAUUCUCAGAGGACAGAAGACGAAAUACACCUAGGCCUACAAAAUGUUCAAAAGGGGCUGUGGACUGGAGUUCCUGCUGGUUCUCUGUGGGCUCGAGUUUUCCUGGUCCUGCCCCCGUCACUGUAUCUGCUACACUGCACCCACCACCGUCUCCUGCCAAGCCCACAACUUCCUGUCAGUCCCUGAAGGCAUUCCUCCUGACAGUGAGCGCAUCUUCUUACAGAACAAUAAGAUCCAUCGCUUACUUCAGGGCCACUUCAGCUCCAACACAAUCACUCUCUGGAUCUACUCCAAUAACAUCACAUACAUUGAGCCCUCCACCUUCCACGGCUUCACGUUGCUCGAGGAGCUGGAUCUGGGAGACAACCGCCACCUGCGCUCCUUGGCUGAAGACACCUUUCACGGGCUGAGUCGGCUGAAUGCGCUACACCUGUACCGUUGUGGGCUGAGUUCACUUCCUAAUAACAUCUUCCAAGGCCUCAGAAACCUGCAGUAUCUCUACUUGCAGGAUAAUCAUCUGAAGUUCCUGCAGGAUGACACAUUUAUGGACCUCCACAACCUGAGCCACCUGUUCCUGCAUGGAAACCGUCUGUGGAGCAUUAACCAGAACACCUUCAGAGGCCUUCGAGCCUUGGACCGACUGCUUCUGCACCAAAACCAGAUCGAGUGGGUUGAUCGCCUGGCCUUCCAUGACCUGAAACGUCUCACCACCCUCUACCUGUUCAACAACUCCCUGAUACAGUUGUCCGGACAGUGCCUGGACACGCUGCCGGCCUUGGAAUAUCUGCGUCUCAAUGACAACCCCUGGUCAUGUGACUGCAAGGCCCUGUCGCUAUGGGAAUGGUUGAAACGUUUCCGAGGUUCAACGUCUUCAGUGGGUUGCCAGGCGCCGGCUGAGAUGGUUGGGAAAGACAUCAAGGAGCUGCGCAAGGAGGACUUCCCAAACUGUUCACCAACUGUACCUAAUUCUGAGUCCAGAGCCCAGACUAACAAUCUAUCUGGCACAGUGAAUCCGUCUAUGAAUCGUGGUGUAGCGAUGGGCUCUGGAGGGCAGACCCACAUAGUGCACCCCUCGAGGCCAGGCCGUUCUCGGAAUUGUACAAAGCCUCGUAACAGGGUGAGCAAGGGGAAGGGUGACAAUGAGGUUCACCACUCAAAGGAGGUCAUGGCAGACAAGGAGGAUUCCUCCCCAGAUUUCACAGACGGGGGGAAACAUGAUCACACGUCCCCCGACGGCACCGUCACACGGAGGAAGCACAAGUGCACUCCCCGGACCACUGUUCGCCCCCCUAGUGGGGUUCAGCAAGCCAACAAUAGGGCAACUUUAUCCCAGUCCUUACUACAUGUCUGUGCCCUCUUUGUGGCCUUGAUAACGACAAAUAUUGACUACAUUUUCCGUUGACCUUGAGAGGGUUUGGCAAAUGCUAAUCACAAAAACACAGCCCUCAGACCCUCUCUUGCUCCUGCACUACAAGGCCUGUGUGUCUUUUAUGUAUGUGUGUGAGUGUGAUUAUAUGUGUAAAUGUUGUGUAGGGAGCAUUAUUGUUCAGACUGAAACAGGCAUCAAACAUCUACAACAGAAAGACUCAGAGCACAAAAAUCGAAGGGACUGAGAGUCGGAGAAUCAUAAAAGAUUAUUGCAGACCAAGCUUGCACUGCCACUUAUGCCAGUAUGAUUUCAUCUUCAUAUGUCUUGGUAUCUUAUAUUUUUUUUUAACUUCUGUUUUU